UGUCUAUCUACCUCGACUUUGCACUCUGUACUUACUUCAAUUAAUCUGUUGGUCAUCGCUGCUUAAUGAUUGCUCUGUGAAGUUUCAUAACCCGCGAUCACCGUGACUUUGCUUUCCAGACUUUUCAAGCUUAAAUCUCCAUCCGGAACCAUGCCUCCUCCGUUGGAAGAUAUGUCGGAUAGCGAGUCUACCGGAGGCUCUAUUCCCUACGCAAACAAUGACGAAGAACAACACGAACCCGAGGACGCAGAUCAGGCCGCCUCAGGCGAAGAAGAUGAAGAAGAGGGCGUAUAUAUUGUUGAACAGAUCGUGGGCCAUGACUUCCUUAAAGAUGGCACACUCCUGCUUCAAGUGAAAUGGAAGGGAUACGAGGACCCGGCAGAUCAGACUAUGGAGCCCGAAGAAAACCUAAUGGAGGGUGCGAAGGAUCUAGUGGAGGAGUACUACAAAACUCAAGGUGGUCGUCCGGAAAAGCCAGCUCCCAAGAAGCGCAAGUCGGUUGGACGACCCAAGCAGACCCCCGAGAAGGCAGCACCUAAGAGACAAAAGAAGUCGACUGGCGGCAACGCUAUCGGGACACCAACUUCAACAGCAGAUGAAAACGAGAACGAGAAUGGGGAUUUUUAUACCGACUGGACGCCCAACCGCAAAAGCUGGGAGAAUGAUGUGCGAAAAAUUGAGACCAUAAUGCGCGAAGCGGAAACAAGCAUUUUAUACGCGUACAUACAAUGGAAAGAUGGGAAGAAGUCGAGAGUAUCUCUUGAAACAUGCUACGAAAAAUGCCCGAGGAAGAUGCUCAAAUUCUAUGAGGCUCAUCUUGUCUUUAAAGAGAGUUAAACUUAAUAUCAACGAAAGGUUCUCGAACUGCCUAGCAAUGAUUUAAUAAUGGAAUUUAUUGUUAUAUACUGCGGGUUUUUGAAGUCGAUAUCCUUGUCUAUUCUUACAUUGAUGGGUUUUGCAAGCACGUUUAGGGCAUGCUAGGAUGCAUAAGUGCCUAUUAGCUAUUCUUUUUCCGGGUUUCGAUUCUCCCUGUGCCUAUUUCAUCCAAUGUUUCCGUGGUUUCCUGUACAAUGCAAAUUAUGAAAUUUUGGAUUUGGUCUCAUUACGGCAUGAUCAUUGAUCACCAGGAUCCUCAAGCCCUGCAUCCCUCGCCAAACCAAGGUAUUCCCAUCUAACAUUGAAAUACUCCGUUCCAUGUUUCUUCAGCACGCGUUCGAUAUCCCGGGCAUUAGCACCUUCCAAGCACCUAUC